AUGGAUAGUUUUGCAGAGUUGAAAUGGUCGUCAUCAGGUACCGCACCAGGUACAGGAACCUCGUCCAAGGCGAGCAGUAAGCCCGGGACUCCAGCUCCUGGCCAGGCUAAGGGGCUUGAUUCGUUCGCUAGUUUGGCUCCAAUGGGUACUGGGUCGAAUAAACCGAAGAAAUUAGAGUCUCUUUCGUUACAAGAAAGACAGAACAUGCUUCAAAAGGGCAAUGGAAAUGCAUUUGGAACGUCAGGAGGAUCUUCAAGUACGGGAGGUAGUACAUGGUCCGGUUUGGAUCUGCUUUCUGGAGGCAUUGCUAGUUCCGAGAGACUUGGAAAAUCGACUGUUCCGGCUUCUGGACUGUCUAAUGGUGCUAGUGGAUCAGGAUCAAACUCGCUUUUAGACGGUUUUGACGAUAUUCCAGGGGCGAAUGAGAUAUCGACUGGGUCGAAUACUGAAGGUAAUGUAGAUCCUGAAACAAAAGAAGAUAACAUCGACGAUUUAUUUUCGGUUUUUAAUAAACCAAAAGUGGAUACUGCAAAAAUAGAGAAAGAGAAAGACUAUGAGACUAUAGAUCGAGCUCAGGAUCGAUUAAGUUCUGGAUCUGGAUCGAGGAGUAGAGCUACUCCAGACAGACAGAUUCAGCUCGGGGAUGAUCAGGACGAUUAUGGCGAUACUGAAUACAAUGGCGAUUAUGAUGAAGACGACUAUUCUGCUGAAGAAGGUGUUUUUGGAAACCGUGGCCAUCGGUCAGCACUGAAUUCUUCCAGUAACCGUCAUAACAGCUCUAAUGGUGGAAGUAGACAUAGUAGCAUGGCUGGGAGCAGAGCUGAGAGCAGAGCUGAGAGUAGAACAGGUAGUAGAGCUGGUAGUGGUCGAGGCGGUAGUUCGACACCUUCGUCAAUAUCUUCUCGAGGACCUCCAGCAGCAGAUCCAAGAGAUCAUGCUAUUGCUGAGCUUAUGGAUAUGGGAUUUUCCGACGAGCAAGCUAUUUACGCACUGGCCCAGACCGACACUGGACUUGAUGUUCGACAGGCAGUGGAUGUUCUUAUGAUGCAAGCUCAUCAAAAAGCCACUGGACAACCGGUGACAGCUGGAUCGCGGUCAAAUUCCAGACGAAAGCAGAAAGAUGUGCCAGUAGAUGAUAUAUCUAAACUAGCUUCGGAUCUGUCUACCCAGUUUAUUUCUAAAGCAGGAAGUUUAUGGAGUAUGGGAAAGAAAAAUCUGGCAAAAGCCAUUGAUCAGUACAACUCACAACCCAGUAGUGACGGAACACCUGCCUGGAUGAGGGAUGCUCAGAGAUACGUCAGUGAAGAUGAAAGUGGAACGCCACCGAUCCAUCUCGACAGUGACAGUGAUAUCAGUAUUAAACGUGGACGAACCGGUACUAACCGACCCUCGAGACGAUUCAAUGAUAGUGAUUUUACCGACGACGAUACACCCCCUCCAUCUUCGAGUCAACUGGCUACCGAUGAGGCUAUGAUGUUGGAAUCCGAGGGUCCUCGUAGCAGACGAAACAAGAAUCCAGCAACUGGUCACCGCCAACAACCACCAGUACCGCCUCCAUCUCGAAGAUAUGUGGAUGACGCUCAAUCUAACAGUAUUCCCGUACCUCGAGCAGUUCCAGACUCGGCAAGAACUCCUCCACCACCUAGCAACACACCUCCUAUUGCACAACGCCAACAACCAGCAUUAAGCAGAGCUCAAUUGUUAAGAGAACGACAAAAAGAACGAAAAGAUGAUGAUGUUAUGUACGUUUCUUCUUCACGAAGACGAGGGCCCACCUCUUCAAACCAGUCGUCUCGAGCACCGACUCCCAGUCUUCCCGCACAAUCACCUGCUGCUCCUAGUUCAAGAAUUGCCAGUCCAAAACCAUCAAUCCCCCCUAGAGAAGCUGUUUCGAUUUCUCCUACUGCAUUAACCAUGGCCAACACAUCCCGAGAACAGGGUACCGAAGCGUUUAAGCGAGGAGACUUCACUCAAGCCACCGAACACUAUUCCCAAGCAUUGCAGUCCAUUCCCCCUAAACAUCUUCUUCUAACACUUAUUCUCACCAACAGAUCCACCUGUUACCUGAAAUGCGGCGAUGCCAAAUCGGCCCUUGCUGAUGCCGAGCAGUCGCUAGCGAUUAUUGGUCCUGGAUUGGGUGCUAACGAAGAAGUCGAGCCUGGCAAGUCCUUGAAAGACAUCUGGUCAAAGGCAGUUGCUCGUAAAGCCGAAGCGUACGAACAUCUCGAGAAGUUCCAAGACGCCCUUGACUCAUGGACUGUUCUCAUCAGUAAUGGAUACUCAUCGAAGCAGUCUAUGGACGGCAAACGUCGAUGUCAAGACGCCCUUUCUCCAAAGCCCAAACCACGACCAGUAACAUCAUCCACACCAUCACGAGUCUCUACACCUGCCAAUGACGGACCACAAUCUGCGGCCGGAAAAGCUGCUCUUGCACGAGUCAAGAACGCACAUGCCACUGCCGAAAAGAACGACUCCGAGCGGUUUAUUCUCCACGACAGCGUCAGCAGCCGGAUAGAGAGCUGGCGCCACGGCAAAGAAGACAACCUCCGGGCCCUCCUUGGCUCACUCGACAACAUUCUAUGGCCCGAAAGCGGUUGGAAAAAGGUUUCACUAGCCGAGCUCGUGAUCCCCAAAAAGGUCAAGCUCGUGUACAUGAAAGCAGUGGCCCGAACACACCCCGACAAAGUGUCGUCCACCGCAACCACCGAGCAGAAAAUGAUUGCCGAAGGCGUCUUCAUCACCCUCAACAAAGCAUGGGACCAGUUCAAGGUCGCCAACAACCUCUCAUAA